UCACCAUAAUAUAUAGGUUUACUUCAAUAUUUUUAUAAUUCACCAACUGAUAGACAUGGGUAGAUUAAAGUAUGUGAGGAUUCCAACAAUGAUUCUUUCAUUGCUACUUUGCUUGAAUGAGAUGGUAAAAGUGAACUCACAGUCAUCCAACGUUCCAGCUUUGUUUGUUUUUGGAGAUUCAUCAGUUGAUGUUGGCAACAAUAACUUAUUAAACUCUAUGGCAAAGGCAAAUUUCUUUCCUUAUGGUAUCGACUUCAACAAUGGUUCAACUGGGCGUUUUUCUAAUGGAAAAUCUCUCAUUGACUUCAUUGGAGAGUUUCUGGAUGUCCCUUCUCCUCCACCUUUUGCAUCUAUCUCCUCUGUUGGAUCUGGAAUACUCAAUGGAGUCAAUUUUGCAUCAUCCUCUGGUGGCAUUCUUGAUGAAUCUGGGAGACACUAUGGUGAACGAUAUAGCUUGAGCCAUCAAAUCUUGAACUUUAAUGACAUAUUGAAUAAGUACAAAACAAUGAUGAAUGCAAGUGCAUUAAGUCAGUACUUAGCCAAGGCUAUAACAAUUAUGGUCGUUGGAAACAAUGACUACAUCAACAACUAUCUCAUGCCGGAAUUGUACACCACAAGUCUCAAUUAUACGACCCAAGAAUUUGGCAACCUUCUUGUUAACAACUAUAUGCAAAAUAUUAUGACACUAUAUAACUCCGGAUUAAGGAAGUUCUUCUUAGCCGGAAUUGGACCACUUGGUUGCACUCCUAGUCAAAGAGCUAGGGGAUUUGCCCCACCAGGAAGCUGUGUCGAUUCGGUAAAUCAGAUGGUGGGACCAUUCAAUGAAGGGCUUAAAUCAACAGUAGACCAAUUGAACAAAAAUCAUUCAGAUGCCAUAUUUGUAUAUGGUAACUCUUUUCGUGUACUUGGGGAUAUCCUAAUCAACCCUGCUGCAUACUCGCUUACAAUUGUUGAUAGAGCCUGUUGUGGAAUUGGAAUAUAUCGUGGACAAAUAUCAUGCCUCCCUCUCCAAUUUCCAUGUCUACUCAGAAACCAAUAUGUCUUUUGGGAUGCCUUCCACCCAACAGAAUCAGUAGUACAUGUUCUUGCUUGGAGAGCUCAUAAUGAUCCACCCGAUGAUUCAUAUCCCAUUAAUAUCAAGCAAAUGGCCCUCCUUUAAUGUACUAUUUAAUGUAUUAUCGUUUCAUUUAUGAAAUAAAUACAUCAAAGUUAAAGUAAACCUAGUUAUGUAAGU